AUGCUUAUAUUUUUCUUUGCUUCCUUUUAUAAGCUAUCUCGUUCUCUGAAGAAGCUCAGAAAUACACAGCAGAGCAAGAUACAGCAAUAUUAUAAUGAAGACAAUGAAAUUAUUACCAAGUAUUGUAUCAAGAACUGGGUUUUGCUUAAUGAAGUUAUGAUUCAGAUACACCACGUCGGCUACUUUGACCCUUGGGUUUCCGAUAGUGAAAAGUGCAUCAAGUGUCCUUAUUACGAGUGGCCCAAUGAGAAGAAGGAUCUGUGCGUCCCGAGACUGGAAGACUUUCUUUCCUUCAGAAUGGAGGCCAUCACCAUUGUUGCCAUAUUGGUCUCUGUUUUGUUUUACAUAAAAACGGUUCUGAUAAUCGCAGUUUUUAUUCUUUUUCGGGACACACCAGUUGUGAAAGCCAAUAACAAGAGCCUCAGCUUCGUCCUCCUGGUCUCCAUCAUGUUGGGUUUCCUCUGUGUGUUCCUCUUCCUGGGUCGCCCUUUGGAUAUUACCUGCCAACUACGCCAAAUUACCUUCGCAGUCCUUUUCUCAGUAGCCGAAUCCUCUAUACUGGCCAAGACUCUUGUGGUUUGCAUCGCUUUUAAAGCCACCAAACCUGGAAGUAGAUGGCAAAAAUGGAUCGGGGGCAGAGUGCCUGGUUAUGUUGUCGUCACUUGUUCUUCUGUCCAGAUGGUGAUUUGUCUUCUUUGGUCAUCACUCUCCCCACCGUACCAAGAGCUGGACACACAUUCCUAUCAUGGAAGGAUUAUCGUCCAAUGUAAUGAAGGGUCAGUUAUCGGGUUCUACUCUGUCCUGGGGUAUAUGGGGAUCCUGGCUGCUGUCAGUUUUAUUAUCGCUUUUUUUGCCAGGACAUUACCGGACAGUUUUAAUGAAGCCAAAUACAUCACCUUCAGCAUGCUGGUGUUCUGCAGUGUCUGGAUUGCCAUGAUCCCGGCCUAUCUGAGCACCAAAGGGAAAUACACGGUGGCUGUGGAGAUCUUCGCCAUACUGGCGUCAAAUGCUGGACUUCUAGGCUGCAUAUUCUUUCCUAAAUGUUAUAUUAUUGUAUGCAAACCAAAACUGAACACCAAAAUGUGCUUGCUUGACAACAGAAAAAUAGUUGGGUAAAUAAAAAUGGUUCCCAAUA